GUACAACCUGGGCACAUGUGCUGAGGAAGGAAGACAAAAUGGCUAAAAGUAUAAGAAGUAAAUGGAAAAGGAAAAUGAGGGCAGAGAAGAGGAAGAAAAAUGCCCCAAAGGAACUUGCCCACUUAAAAAAUAUUUUGGCCAAAGCAAAGACAGACGUGUUGAUGGAGGAUGUGAAAGAAAUAGCAACUGUUGUGACUUCUAAACAGUUGGAGAAUGAAAAUAAAACGGAAGCCGAUGCAAUGGAAGGUGCCUCCAACAUGAAAAUGGACACCGAUGGAAAACGGAACAAAAAGAGCCUUUUAGACCAGCAUGGCCAAUAUCCUGUAUGGAUGAAUCCAAGACAAAGAAAGAAGCUUAAGGCAGAGCGUGGUAAAAAGAAAGGAAAGCCAAAACACCCCAAAGGACUGGCAUGGUAGAAGUCUAGUCUGUCUGAUUUUUAUAUAGCAU